GCAAGUUUGUCCGCUCGGCAUCCACCGCAGCGGGGCCGGGGGGACCAAGCCGAGCCGUUCCCGAGCUCUUGCGGGGAUACCCGCAGGGUACCCCGGCUUGUGGCCGCGGCCGAGGCCGGCAGCGUCCCUGUGCCCCGCCUGGGCUCGUUCCCCGCCCGCUGCCAGGUCGCGGUAAAGGAAACAGCUGCAGCUUCCAGCCCUGGAGCUGCUGGGGCCCCGGGCUGAGCUGCGGGAGGUUCUGCCGGUUGCGGCUCCGCUUGCCCUCGGUGCCAGCACACGGGCUGUUGUGUAUCUUUGGCUGGCGGGAGCUGAAGGGCACAGGAAGAAACGUUGCCUCAGGUUUUCUGGUGGAAAACUGCAGAGCUGGUGGCCUUGCUUUGAUGGGGUCUCUGCCUUGGCUCCAGCAGCUGCUGCCUUGAUGAGCACUGUUUUCCAGGGCUCUCUGUUGCUGGAGACCACAAGGAGGGAGGUUAGUUCAGGAGUGAUUCAGCAACAUGUGGAUAUUUGGGUGCUUUGGAUCCUGGCAGUCUCCAGGUGCAGCAGGCUGAUGCAGGUGACUCUUUGCCCCUAGGACAGGGCACAGCUGAAAUGAGCCCCAGAGCACUACUACCCCUUUUCAGGGUGGAUGAUCCAGAGGCAUGAGCUGCAUUUUAGGAUGGGAGGAGGGAUGGGGCCUCCACAGCAGAUUUGGGUGCAUUUUGCACCAGGAGGUGCCUGUUUGUUACAAGUUCAUUGUUACAUGACUUGCUAACCUUGUGCAACAGCCUUUUGGUUACAAUCACUGCAGCCAAGCAAUCACCUCUUUGGAGUCUCUCCCCUCUGCACCCCAAGUUUUGCUUCUGACCCAUGAGCAUCUGCUGGAAAUACUUUAUUCAGCAUGGCAGUGAGUAAGACUCUUGGGUGUAAAGAUCCGAGCUUCCUUCCGGAGAACGGAUUCAUGAAUCCCAGCAAUUAGCAUCUCAUUUGGAGCAGACCAGGAGCUGGCAGGCAUAAUAGUCACCUGCUGUCUUGGUUUGACAUCCUAGGAUUCAAAUGGACUCUUCUUAGCAUCUUGGGUAGCUAGGGUGGUCCCUUAUGCUUUUCAUCAGCUAAGGUCACUUGGUGAGGGUGGCAAUGGAACCUCUUUGCCAGCCCACCUGGUGGCCACCUGCCCUUGCUCUCAUCAGCAUCAGUCUGGGUCUCUGUAGAUGGAGUGGCAUGUAAAAAAUCAAGGCAGGCACGCUCUGAAGACUGGAGAUCUGCUGGGGAGGCUGUUCUGGUCUUGCUUUGCUGCACUUCAGUCUCAGCAGCUCAAAAAUGAAGCAGCCAUGCUGAGGUCUCAGUGCUGGCUUCUGUAUUUUCUCAGGUGCUGGAGCUUUGCCUCCAAACCCUUAGGCGAGCUGGACUUGGUAGCAAGGGAUGCUUCACCCUUUCUGAGCUGCAAGAACUGGCUGCAAACCAUGCUGCCUCCUCUAAAGGAUGUGACUCCUCGGGGACAGGAAUUCAAAGUCCUUCAGCUGAAAUUCCCAGGGCCUGGAACCUGCUGGCCUUGGCAGGCCCCCAACGUACCAGCAAACUCAAGGCUCUUCUGUCACGUGCUGCUCACAGCUGAGUUUUCAUGUUUGUGGCCUCUGCUGCUGCCUGCAAGAAGAUGUGAGGGAAUUCUCUUAAUUGUUCCCUGGCUCAAAAAACUGCUCCACAGCAUGAAGCACUGAGCUUAUUCAGCAGAGGAAAUGCAGAUCUGCUUACGUGGUCCAGUACCUCUACAUUGCCAACCCACGCCAGGGCUGAGGCUGGCAGGAUGCUUUGUAAGCUGCCCCUCAACGUGGUGUGGGCCAUCUGGUCUUUAUGAAAGGGAUGAGACCAGGGUGCAGCUGAUGACUCCACUGGUCACCUCCUGGUUCAGAGAGUCACUCAUCAUCACAGGGCAGCAUUGUUCCCUGGCUUCUAUGUCUGUGAAAGAUCCUCUUGCCUGUUGGCAGCCAGGAGACCCAAGUGCUUCUUUCCUUCUUCCCUAGUCUGCUGUUUGGAGUCAACUUUCCCUUUAGAAGCCAAGUGAUGCCUCCUGCUGAGUCUCACCAGAUCCAUCACUCGUGCCUGAUGUCAGGGCACUGCUGAGCACUAACAACCUGUUCUGAACUGGCCCAUUGCCACUUACUGGGGACACCAUCACCUUGCACAGCGGACCCGUAAAGGGCACAAUCCCUCUUUGAAUAGCUGCUGGCCAAGGAUGUUGCAGACAGGGAGCUCCUGAGGAAGUCUAGGAGCCUCAAAGAUUGAGAUUCUCUGAUACAGGCUGCAUCCAGUCACCCAAGUGCUCUCGUCUUGUCUGUUUACUUUUCUGAAAAAUGAGCUGGGGACAGAGAUGUCUGUCACGGAGGAGGCUAGAGGGACAUCAGGAAUGCCACAGUGAUGGACAGUGCAGCUGAACCUGCAAACUGUCACUGCUGCCUGGAGAGGAGACUUGAUGCCUAUGUGUGGAGGUUGGGCACUGCUUGUGCCAUAAAAUAGCAUUGGAUGCAGCAGCAGCUCCUCUCCUGUGUCUGCUGGGCACACUGGGAGGGGGGAAUUAGGACAUGACCCACAUUUCCAGUCCUUGGGAUAGGCAGAGGGCUGCUUUUGCUCAGAUCUGGGUGUGCUUUGUGCUGGACUGCAGGAACUGCUGCCUACCCCCAGUGCAGCUGGAGAGCUGCACAUUUUGCUGAGCACGAAUGAUUUUUCAUUUUUUGUUUCUUCCUGACCUGGGAAUUCAGCAGUACCAGAGCUAUUCAUGUCCUGACCCUUACCCCCAAGUGACCCAAAAUGUUAGCACAGAUGCCUCCAAAUCCCUUAACCACAGAGGCCUGCUCAGAGCUGCUGUGAUCCCCUGUGUGCAAAAUACUGAGGGUGAAAGCUGAAUGUGAAGAUGUCUGUGGGAAGAGCUGCUGUAUGUGUGCAGAGGGAGAAGGCUGUGUACCCAAGUGGGUGCUCAGCAGGCUGGAUACCCUUUAUCUCUUCCGUGUGUGGGAAUGUCUCAGAGCAGGCAUUGAGGCUCUGCCUUGUGCUCCCUCCCCUCCCAGCUAAAGCACUUCUGAGCAUGAGCUGGGGGAACUGGGAGCAACUUUGAGCUGAGUUUCCAAACAAAACUCCUCAAGAGUAAUGGGGUGAGAGACUUUAAUUAGAAGAGACCUCCAGCCUUCUGUGUGCACCAGAGCCACUUGAUUACAACCCACCGAGCUGCUGAAAGACACUGACUAGGUCAAUGUGCUGAAAGCCCUUCUUGCCUGAAGCCAGCACUGUCUCUGUGCCGUAGAGCUGGCAACUGUGUACAGUUUUUCCCCCUCAUCCUCCCCACCCCCUUGCUGAGGCUCCACAUCCUCUCUGGCUGCUUCUCACUUCUCUGCGGAUGUCUAGACAGGAGGAUUCAGUGCGUGUCAGUUAUGCCUAAUUCAUUUUAAAUAAAUAAAUAAGUAAGUAAGUAAAUAAACCCCACCAAUCCAAACCCUAGGGAGAGCUGGGGAUUCUCAGUCCUGCAGACUCAGCUCUGGCUGCAGUGCCCUGUGCUGCCUUCAGGCUGGCUCGGAGCUGCUGAAUCCCAGCGAUGGCAGGAGCCAUCCCAGCCCUGCCAGGGGGGGCCUGUGGAAUUGAAGGCAGAUGUGGUUGAGGGCAGUGCUGGCAGUGGGAGCAGAAGACAGAGGAGGUGGAGAGGAGUGUUUGGGGUGGAGGUGUGUGCUCCUAACCUCUCCUUGCAGCUCGUCCCUCUUGUGUGUUCUUGGUGUGGCUGUGUCCUCCUCUGGGAGCUGGCAGAAGGGUGCAAGGUGUCUGGCUGUCUGAAACUGCAAGCUUCCAAAUUCUGCUGUCCCUCCUGCCACCCCUAAAGGCAGAGCUGGUGCCAGGAAUGACAACCCCUUGCCCCGUAAAGCCACAUUUCCAUCAAUAUUUGCAGUCAUGACCUCUGGAUACUUGCAACUGUAAAUCAACUGUCACUGUAGCGAUGACUGAAGCUGCAGUUCAGAGCAUCUGCUUCACUUGCUGGUCCUGAACUCGUAGGUCCUUCUGCUUCCUGACAGUUGCUGGCUCUUCCAGGCUGAACAUACAAUUAACCUUCUAUUAAAAAGACUGAAUGUGAGCUGCUGCACUCUGUCGGUGUCUGUUUGAAUUCCUUGGAUGCAGGUAAAAUGUUACAGGGGCUGAGAGAGGCUGGGACUGCUCUCAGUGGGGUUAAAAAUAAGAGUUUUGAUUUCUGGUGUAGGGGAGAUGGAGAUGCACUUGGAAGCAGUGCUUGUAUGUCAGGCCUUAGGGCAUGUUUAGAGCAGGGGAUGAUCCACAGCAAAGCCUUGUCCCCAGCAUCUGGCCAGCUGCACAGGAUGUGUCUGUGCAGUCUCCUGGUUAGCCUGGUGGACACAAAAUCUCCAUCCCAGCUGUGAACAAAAAGCCCUUCUCCAGGGCCUUCCUGGGGAAAGGGCAGGCUCUGAACUUUUCUCUGGAGGAUCCUCUGUUCCUUGUUUAUUGCUCAGCACACUUCUUUUCACUCUCAAUAAAAUAUGUUUUUUUGUGCAAAGAGAACAGACCUCCCUUUGGGCAGGAAUCAUUUGCAUUAAUUAACAGAGCUAUUAUGCAUGGCCACACUCUGUCGCAGAGGAGCUAAACAAACCCCUUCUAUUUUUUUGUCAUAACCUAAGAGUUAUUACAAGUCAGCCACUGCAUCCAUUGGAGCUGAAGCCCAACACGUGCAUUCAUGCUGCUGGAUGCUCCACAAAAGUGGGCUUGUGUUUACUUCUCCCCACUGGAGCUCUGGACACUGCUUUCCUGUCUCUUGUGGUCCAGGCUCUGGUCUCCGUUCAUUGUAUCUUAGCAGACCUUCUUUUCCAGAGGGGUGUGGGUGGAGAGGGGAAAGCAAGAGCUGGUCUCUACCUCUUAGCCAUGGGAAUUGUUGCAAGGAAAGAUAAUGUCACCCUUGUCACUCUCUGCAUUUGUGUAUGUCCAGAGUUGUGCAAUGACUCAGUGGCAGGGCUGGGAAGAGAGCCCAGCACUUCUGACCCUCUUUGGGAAUGCAUUUGAUGCCAAUGCAUCAGCUUCAGCAACCCUCAGGCUGUAGUGCCCUCUGUCCCUCUCCAGUUUCUGAGAUCACAGGGACAAGCAGUCCCAUCUUCUCCCUGCUCCUCCGUCCUGAAUUGUCCCCCCUGGUCCUCCCACUGCUUCAGAGCUGGGAGCUCCCAUCCUUUGUCCAGCUCCCAGGAGGGCUGAGGCCAGUGCCCACAGAGCUGGGGCAUGACUUCAAUACUGAUGGGGAGAACUAUGCUCAGCAGUGUAUUAAAAAGAUAAACCAGCUCUAGUGGAUCAGGAAAACUCUCAGGCUUGCAGCUAGGGAGGGGAAUAAAGCUGAGGAAGCACAGUCUGCCCUCUGCUGCUAAACCAAGUCUGGGAAGGGAGCUCUUGAGCCCAGGUAGAGAUGCUAAUAGGUGUAAAGCACCUUUGUGUGGGCAUCUCUCAUCCAGCAGUGCCCACACACAUGAACUAACAUGCUGAGGGGGUCCUAGGGAUGUUGCAUCUUUCUGAAAACCUCAGCUGAGGGGGGUGGGAGGAAAAGGCCAGUUGACUCACUGGCCUUUCUUUCCUGUCAAGGGCACAGUGGCAUCCUAAUCUCAUUGUUGGAAAGCAUCAGCAGACAUUGCCUUUGCUGGGUGCCCGUGGGUCUUUCCUGCUGACAGAGAGAUGAGGAAUCUCACAUCACGCAGGAUGAUGCAAAUAGAAAAGGGCACUGCAGGCUUCUCCCCUGCUCAGCGAAGAUGUUUAUUCAUCUUUUUUCCUCCCCCAGACUCUAGUACGUGCUACAACUGCUAUUUAAAAACGAAUAGAAGGCUGCAACCGUGGCUGAGCAGGCACAGCAUGGUGGGUUUCUAUUUUUAGGCUCAGCCUGGCUGGCAACGUGUAGGUGUGGUGAGGAACAGAGAGGCCGAGGGGAUUCUCUCGCCGCAGGGAUGCGGGGGCAGGCACACGAGUGCAGCACACAGGCUUUUUUUCCUUCAAGCUGCCUUUUUCUCCUGCUCCCUCCCCCCUCCUUCUGCUGCUCAGUUAUUCUCUCUUCACUCCCCCACCUUUUCUUUGGGUGCUGCUGGCAGGGAGACAGUGAAAUGCCUAUUUGAAGCACCAUGAGCAGCCUAGAUGCAGGCAGCAUGGAAAGAGAAAACAUCUUUGCACAAACAAAUGCCUGUGUUUCCUUGAGUAGGCAAUUUUUGUUUUCUGUGGUCCAGUAGAGCUGAUCCUCCUGCUGCCUCCCUGGUAGAGGGAGUGUCCUGCUCCAUGCUCAGUGGUCCAAGUUCUGCAUUAGGUCUCAGCCACCCCAUCAGCAUCUCUGGUCCUUGCUGCCUGUGCCUCCUGUCAGCCUUGUUAAACCAAAACUACCUGGAGUUCAACAUUAUCUCUUGAAAUGCAGCCAGGGCCUCAGCUGGGACUGCGUCCAGGGAGAUUUAGGAGCUCUGCUUUGCCCCAGCUGCCUGCUAGGCCAGGAGCUGGCAGUGCUGGAGCAGGACUGUUUGGGGCAGCCUUCAAGCUGUGGAGAGCUUGGACAUGCCUGGGUAGAGGAUGCUGGAGGGAUGUGGAGAUCAGGAUCCUGUUCCCUAACUGACCACCUGGGACUCCCCAGUCUCUGUCCAGCGAGAGGCCUGAAAUAUAAAAUGGCAGAAGAGUUGAAUCCCAUGUCUGGAGGAGUCUGUGCUGGGACCACAGAGCACUGUGUUGCCUUUGCCCUCUGCCUUAUCCCCCUGAAUUGUGACAGCAGUGCUCUGAGCUCAGCUUUUGAAAGCAGCUGAGUGCAAUUCAAAUCUCCAAGCAUCUUCUGGAAGGGAACAGCCAGCACAUGGUCCAUAACAUCACUCUUGCCUUUUUUAGGAUAUGGGAUUCCCUGGUUAUUUUUGUUUAGGCUAAUCAGGGUUGUCAUGUUUGCUGUCUCUAGUGAUCUGUUUAAGCUGUGUUUGAUCAAUGCAGGACUGGCAUGUCCUGCUGAGCCUGCUCAGAUCAAUGCUUCUGCUGAAAUCCCAUGGAAAUGUGCUUUGCUGGGGAGAUUUGGAGAGGGGCAACUUCAAGAACAACCAGUGUGAGUGUGUGUGUUGUAGAGCAGUGCCCUUCUGAAGGCUGGUAAGGAGGAUAUUGAUCCGGAGAUGACCAGACCUGGGAAGCAGUGAGUGUCACAGAGAAGAGUCUCAGCAUCUCUUUGCAUUACUUGUGUUCUCUAGGGACUGUCUCCUCCCCAGCACUGGUUCAUGAGCAGGAUGAGGUUCCCCUGGCAGGGGCUGGUUAGACAGGAGCUGAUCUUGUGCAGGGUCUUUGAGAGUGGUGGGCACACCUGGGGGCUACGGGAGUUGUCUGUGGCUGGAGUGAUUCCUGCCUGGGUAAUGCUUUGUUUUCCCUCCCCAUCAGUGCCCCUGAGGAGGGAAAGCCCACCAUCCACCGCCUGCAGCCAUGGAAGGGGGUGUGCAGCUCCUCAACCGCGACGGCCACAGCAUCUCCCACAACUCCAAGCGACACUAUCACGACGCCUUCGUGUGCAUGAACCGCAUGCGGCAGCGCGGGCUGCUCUGCGACAUCGUGCUGCAUGUGGGCACCAAGGAGAUCAAGGCCCACAAGGUGGUGCUGGCGUCGUGCAGCCCGUACUUCCACGCCAUGUUCACAAAUGAGAUGAGUGAGAGCCGCCAGACCCACGUCACGCUGCACGACAUUGACCCCCAGGCCCUGGAGCAGCUGGUGCAAUACGCUUACACGGCUGAGAUCGUGGUGGGUGAGGGGAAUGUGCAGACACUUCUUCCUGCUGCCAGCCUGCUGCAGCUCAAUGGUGUGCGGGAUGCUUGCUGCAAGUUCCUCCUCAGCCAGCUCGACCCAUCCAACUGCCUGGGCAUCCGGGGUUUUGCUGACACACACUCCUGCAGUGACCUCCUCAAGUCUGCACACAAGUAUGUCCUCCAACACUUCGUGGAGGUGUCCAAGACAGAGGAGUUCAUGUUGCUGCCUCUUAAACAGGUGCUGGACCUCAUUUCUAGUGACAGCCUCAAUGUGCCAUCAGAGGAGGAGGUGUACAGGGCUGUGCUCAGCUGGGUCAAACAUGAUGUGGACAGCAGAAGGCAGCAUGUCCCCAGGCUCAUGAAGUGCGUGCGGCUGCCCCUGCUGAGCCGGGACUUCCUCAUGAGCAACGUGGACACGGAGCUGCUGGUGAGACAUCACUCGGAGUGCAAGGACCUGCUGAUCGAAGCCCUCAAGUACCACCUGAUGCCGGAGCAGCGGGGGGUCCUGAGCAACAGCCGGACCAGGCCGCGGCGCUGCGAGGGGGCCAGCACGGUGCUCUUCGCUGUGGGUGGGGGCAGCCUCUUCGCCAUCCACGGGGACUGCGAGGCCUACGACACGCGGACGGACCGCUGGCACAUGGUGGCCUCCAUGUCGACUCGCCGGGCCAGAGUGGGCGUCGCGGCCAUCGGGAACAAGCUGUACGCUGUGGGAGGCUACGAUGGGACCUCUGAUUUGGCUACAGUGGAGUCCUAUGAUCCUGUCACCAACUCCUGGCAACCUGAGGUGUCCAUGGGCACCAGGAGGAGCUGCCUGGGUGUAGCAGCACUUCAUGGGCUUCUCUACGCUGCUGGGGGGUACGACGGGGCCUCGUGCCUAAACAGCGCAGAGCGGUACGACCCUCUGACAGGCACCUGGACAUCCAUCGCUGCCAUGAGCACCAGGAGACGCUACGUCCGGGUGGCAACACUAGAAGGCAACCUCUAUGCUGUUGGGGGAUAUGACAGCUCAUCCCACUUAGCCACAGUAGAAAAGUAUGAGCCCCAGAUCAACACCUGGACACCCAUUGCCAACAUGCUGAGCCGGCGGAGCAGCGCAGGGGUGGCUGUGCUGGAGGGGAUGCUCUACGUGGCUGGUGGCAAUGAUGGCACCAGCUGCCUGAACUCUGUUGAGCGCUACAACCCCAAAACCAACACCUGGGAGAGCGUGGCACCCAUGAACAUCCGUAGGAGCACCCACGACCUGGUGGCCAUGGAUGGGUGGCUGUAUGCAGUGGGUGGCAACGAUGGGAGCUCCAGCCUCAACUCCAUCGAGAAGUACAACCCCCGUACCAACAAGUGGGUAGCAGCCUCUUGCAUGUUCACACGCCGGAGCAGCGUGGGGGUGGCUGUGCUGGAACUCCUCAACUUCCCACCCCCUUCCUCGCCCACCCUGUCGGUGUCUUCAACGAGCCUUUGACAAAGAAUCAGGACCUACCUCACCUCAAGGGGACAGGGGUGGCUGGCACAGCACUAGGCCAGCCUGGCCCGCCCCGCGGGGCAGCCACUCACUGUAGGAGGAGAGUGAAGGUACCAGCUGCUGCCCCCAUUCCUGGGAACCCCCAGAGCCAUCUCCCACUCUUGGUGCACACAUCGGAUCAGCACGACCACAGCAGUUAGAAAUGUGCUUCCCUGGGCCAGCACUCUUCUUCUAGAGGGCGAGGAGAGGGGCUGCUCUCUGCUCCCUUCAGACCCAUCUCACCUUUCACCCAAAGGGCCUAUAAUUUUCUUUGGGGAGGGGAAACUUUAAACCAUUGCUGCUUCUUGGAUUGACGUGACCCAGCUGGUGCCACACAUCUGAGCACAGCCAGCCUUGGAGGCUUCCAGCAGUCCUGUGGGGUGGCAGAGGUGGACAGCACUCCUCCCAGGGACAGGGCUGAAUGUGCAACUGCUCCUCGAAUGUCACUGUAGCCAAACUCUUUGUGCACUGUUACAAGACUCUGAGGCCACUGUCUGGUUCUCAAUGGUGUCUGAUUGAUGCCUUAAAAUACACAAACAGAAGAAGCCCAGCUAAGGGACAGGGCCUGGAGGAGGUGAGGUUUGGAGCCAGAACUGGAUGCAGCAUCUGGAACCCUCCAGCAGUUCCCAUGGCCCCACCUCCUGCACCGAGAUCCCAGCUGGUCAGUGCUCUGGGGAGUCCCCAGCCAGGCAGGUGGGUCGAAUGACCUUGGUGGCAUCUGUGCCAUUGCUGCCCCAGGUUCAAGUGACCGUGGGGCUGCCUGCUCUCUGCACCUGGCCCUGGGGCACGGUUUGGCUGGGAAUGGAUCGGCCUGUUUGCUGUUCCCCUCUCUGCAAAGCAGAUUCCAGGUUUAUGGAAAGGUGUUGGUUCUUGAGCAAGAACAGUCCAGCCUUCUAAAUGAGGAGGAUUACCUGGCAUUACUUUUUUUGGUGUUAAUUUUUUGCCUUUUUUCUUUUUUAUUAUUAUUAUUAUUUGAAUGCUAAUAUUUUAAUUUUGAAUGACUUCAUAUCCCUUUAUUUUUUACACUAUACCCUUGGUAUUCCCUAUCCCAUCUGCUUUUAAGGCAGCAGGAGGGAUGCAAUUACUUUUCUCAUUUGUUGAUGAGAUGAUGACUGUGUCCUGGAAGAUGUUCUCUAUGGAUGUGUGUGUGUGAGAGACACUGUAUGUACAGUGAAAACAGCCAGAAAGGGACCAUUUGCAAUUAGCGACUCCCUGGCAAUUAAGCAACCACUUUAAUUAACUAAAGAUUGAUCCAAUUAGUACUGUAAGUCAUAAGCCUAGACCCACCUGUGCCAUGGAACCUCUGGGGUGGUGUUUUCAAUGUUUUUGUUGUAGGGUGUGAGUGUGAGCCUUGAACUGAGACAGGUUUUCAGGUGUUCUCCACAUUAUAGAGGAAUGACUCAACCACUGGUACCUCAAUAGUAUUCAAAUGUAGCAUUAGAAAUAUGGUCUGUUUGUUUUGAACUAAUUCCUCUCCUUUUCCCCCUGCUCCUUCUCAUCUCUUGUUUACAGAGUUCAGAUUUCACCUGCCAUGGUAUUUGUUGGCCUAGAGAUUUCUUCUUUUUAGUUUGGGGUGAAAGGAGAGUUUGAGAUGAGACAGGGACUCCCCAGCUAGACCAUUUUUAUGGUGACCUGUUUUCUUCUGGAGGGGUGCCUGCAUGUUUUGCAAGCCCACUUACAGUGCCUAACAUCUGACACCUAAAAUGACCAGCAGCUUCUGAAAAAUCCAGGCUGCUUCUCCCCCCAGCCUCUCCCCAAGGACCAUCUGGGCUUCUCAGGCUGAGGAGGCCAUUUUUGGCUUUUAGAACAGACUCUAAAUCCACUUUUCCUUCCCGUCUCACUUGCCAAAGCCCUGCCCCAGCCUCUCACAGCUCAGCAGCUCUCCCAUUCCUCUGUAUUGCAGAGGACCCUGCACCAUGUCCAGGCUCUACUCAUCCAGGUUGCCUCUUGGUCAAUGUGGCAGAAGGUCUGUCCUAAGCAGGUCUCUGCGUUGCUUGAAGUAAUGAUGAAAUUGGUGAAGGCUGCUCUGUGGGGUGUGUGUUCCUACACAGGAGUGAGGCCUCAGUCCUUUUCUUCCCAUUCCUACAAGCAACAUCAGGAUUUUAGUCUUCUGCUGGACUCGUACCAACCAGCGCGGUCAAGGUGCCCCUGGCUCUGGGGUCCUCUUUGAAGGAAGAUCAGCCUAAAAGCCCCAUGGCUGUGUCAGAAGGUGCUGAGCCUUGGCCUGAUGUGCUGAGGAACUGCUGAAGGAAGAAACAGGGCUAGUUUCAAACAAGGAAUGAGUUGGUGGAGCAGCAGCUCAGCUCCUGGUCUGGGUGUGUGAAGGGAGCCUGCUGCCUUUGUGGGAGGCAGGCAGAACCAGAGGGGAAGUCAGCAGGGUAGAAGGCUGAGGAGAGAUUUUGUGCCAUGUGCCCGUGGCCCCAGAGGUAAUCUCCAGCAAUGUGAACUACAGAUGGUGAGCAAUGCUGGCCUGCCUCCUGAGGACUAGGGUCACCCACCCCUGCAUCCCGAGCAAUACCACCACUGAACCUGUUUGCAGAAACCUGAGGAGGAGGGAGCCUUUUGUGUCUCUGAUGUACUAACUAUGCAGGUGCUCACUGCUUUCCUGGCAAGGAGAAGGAAGGAAGGAAAGGGAAAAAUAGUUCCCCAGCAGCUUGUGGGGGUCCAGAGCACCCCUACCCACACUGUGUGGACACGAGGUGUCAGCAUCUGCCCUGGGAGAUCCCAGGGUGGAAUCGCUUCUGGUGCUGCACAUCCCUGGCUGAGCAGGAGGCCUUGGAGGGGAUGUGUGUCUGUGUCUGUCUGUCUGUCUGUAGUACCCUGUCUGAGGGGAGGAGAACUGUCAACUCUGUGUGGCUUCUCUGCCACUUUUAGUUCGUGGCGUCUCACCCAAAAUGUCAGUUGUGUGAUUUCCCACGUGAGCUGUUUCCCAGCAGGGCAGCAUCCCUGGGCAGGUGGCUCCAGGCUGUGUGGGGGGGUAUGUUUUGCCCAGGGACCCUGAUGUCAGUCUGCAGUGAGACAUUAAGGCUGGGUAGGAGCCCCUGUCCCAUGGGGCAGAGCUUUGCUUGGCCUCAUUGGUAGGCAGACCUGGUCUACUCCAUGUCAAUCCGUUGUCACUUUGAUUUCUCUGUAAGUUCUCUGACUUAUUUAUGUGGAACUCUGUUUCUCUGAAUUUUUUGCACUACAUGGGACUGGGGAGGGGAUACAAGCAAUAGAAGCCAACAUGUACAAUAAAGAUGUUUUCUUGAA